GGCUACACAAACCAAAAUUCGAGCUACAGUUGACGUUGAAUCGUGUUCUUCAAUUUGAUUUCCGAAUAUUCGUGCAAAAAUGUCAAAAUUUGUACCCAAAUCCAAUUGGGUUCGUAGGUUCUGCAAGCAAUACGGAAAGAAUUUUUUCGUAGAGGUGGACCAGGAGUUCAUGACAGACAACUUCAAUCUCUUAUUCCUGGAGGGUGAGAAUUAUCAGAGGAGCCUCAAUGUGAUCCUCAACGAGUCCGAGUCCGAGUCCGAGCCCGAUGCUGAACACAAUUACGAUAUGGAGGCCGCUAAGCUCUACGGGCGUAUCCACUCCAGAUUCAUUCUCACAGAUCACGGCAUCGAACUGAUGUACCAGAAGUUCCAAAAAGGCGUCUUUGGCACAUGUCCACGCGUCUUAUGCACUCGCCAGAAAGUCCUUCCCAUUGGCAUGAGCGACACACCUGGCAAAGAAAUGGUGCGUCUCUACUGCCCCAAGUGCAAAGAGGUGUACAUACCAAAAUCUGUUCGCUACGCCAAGAUCGACGGCGCCUACUUUGGCCCCAACUUUCCCCAAAUGCUAUUCAUGGCCAAGCCAUGGGCACAACCCAAGCGCUCCAAGGCCAAGUAUGUGCCCAGACUGUUUGGCUUCAAGAUUCAUCCCCAGGCAUUUGGCUCUGAGUCCUCUGACCGUCAGGAAGCUGAUAAUUAAGCGUACCCUGAGCGCCCUGCCCCAACCAAAUUGCUUUAGAACUACAUGGAUGGUCUACAAUCGAUUGUGCUCCCCAUGGACUCUCUCUCCACUCUCUGCUCUCAUGCGAAUCGA